GCCAAAUCCUGAAUAUACCCCGAUUUUCACAUUUCCAUCUGUUCUUAUUACUUAUUACUAUUCCCAUUGCCGCGUGUGUUGCCGAUACCAAGACUUACUUUCUUGUUCUUUCCGACUACUUAAUCUACCCCAGAUUUCUUGAUAUAACUAGAAUAGACUAAAGAAGCGUCUUUACCAUCUUAUCAUAUUCUACAGUUUUACAUCAGCACCCAAAACAGUCAAGAUGGCAUCACCACAGAGGAUCCGGACUCCCGUCACCGAUCUAUUCAAGAUCAACCACCCUAUUUUCCUCGCCGGGAUGAACGUCGCAGCCGGCCCCAAGCUCGCUGCUGCUGUCACGAAUGCCGGCGGUCUCGGUGUCAUCGGAGGCAUGUCCUAUAGCCCGGACAUGUUGAAGGAGCAAAUCGACGAGUUGAAAUCGUAUCUGAAUGACAAGAAUGCGCCAUUCGGUAUCGAUCUGUUACUUCCACAAGUUGGCGGCAAGGCCCGCAAAACAAACUACGAUUACACGAAAGGCAAGCUCGACCAAUUAAUCGACGUCGUUAUCGAAUCGGGAGCCAAACUCUUCGUCUCCGCUGUCGGUGUACCACCCAAAGCCGUCGUCGACAGGCUACACAAGCACGGUAUUUACUACAUGAACAUGGUCGGCCACCCCAAGCAUGUUCAGAAGGCGCUAGACAUCGGCUGCGACAUCAUCUGUGCGCAGGGUGGUGAGGGUGGUGGUCACACUGGAGAUGUUCCGACCACUGUCCUGAUUCCGGCGUGUGUGCAGAUUUGCAAAGGAAAAAAGAGUGUCGUAUCCGGCCAACAGGUUCCCGUCAUCGCCGCCGGUGGUAUUCAUAACGGUCAGAUGUUAGCUGCUGCGCUGAUGAUGGGCGCGGGCGCUGUCUGGGUUGGUACCCGUUUCAUCUUAGCCGACGAAGCUGGCGCACCCGAGUCGCACAAGGAAUCGGUACGAACUGCCGGGUUCGACGACACAAUCCGAACCCUCAUCUUUACUGGACGGCCUUUACGGGUGCGGAAGAACCCGUACAUCGAGAACUGGGAGACCGAACGCCAAGCCGAGAUCAAGGAGUUGACUGCCAAGGGUAUCCUCCCUUACGAGCACGACCUGGAGAAGGUAGCGAACGGCACAGCCGAAGGUUCGGGCAAGGAGAGCGAAAGCGAAGAGGAUGUAGACGAUUUGAUGGACCAGUUCCGACCCUACUUGAUGGGCAAGUGUGCCGCACUAGUGAACGAGCAGAAGAGCGCCAAGGCCAUCGUGGAUGAAUUCAUUGAGGACGCCACAGCGAUGCUGAGCCAAGGCGCCAAGAUGGUAGCGAAGUUGUAAGAGGAGUAGGCCUAUUAGGGGGAAUUCUGAAAUAUUAAAUCCCUUUGUAUAUAUAUCCGCAAGCACCGCGUUUGAAGAGCAGUAUCAGCGCAGUGCGAUCUAUAAUUGGGUGCGAUGGUUGUAUUAUUUUAAAUAGCAAUGCAUGCAAAUUUACUUUCAAA